CUUCUACGUAUAUCAUCGUCAUGGUUGAGCUUAAUAAUGUUCCCCGCGAAGAGCAUUUCCCUCGAGCUACUUAUAUGGAGGCCAUGGUCCGCCUAUUGGACACUGUAAGCUACAAUGAUGAGAAUUUGACAGAUGCAGAACGUGUCAAAUGCCUGAAAUAUUGCUAUGCAAAAGCUGCUGAGCAUUUCGCUCAGCCUCAUGUUCAAGAAGCUCUCAAAGUGCCUCCUAAACAGCUGGAUGCUGCUCUCAAGACCAUUGUCGGCAUGUGCGUUUACUCCUGGUGUCGUGUGAGUCAAGAGCUCAUGGCAGAUCUCAGCAUCUACUUUACAUAUGCUCUGCUUCUUGAUGACAGCAGGGAAGAGCCCGCUGACACCAUGGCGACCUGGUACGGCGAUCUUCUAAAUGCCAAGCCACAAGCUCAUGGUUGGUGGAGACUGGUCAACGACUUCAUUCCUAAAGUUCUUCGUCAUUAUGGAGGCUACUGCCAGAUGACCAUAGUUCGAAGCACAAUUGACUUCUUCCAGGGUUGCUGGAUUGAGCAGCACAAUUUCAAGGGCUUCCGGGGCUCAAGCGACUAUCCUUGCUUCCUUCGCCGUCUUAAUGGUCUUGGGCAGUCUGUUGGCGCUUUGAUCUGGCCGAUCGAGUUAAUUAAUGAAGAAAAACACUUUCUCGAAAUCACCAUGGCCAUUGCCCAGGUAGAGAAUUGGAUACCCUGGACGAACGAUUUGUUCUCUUUCUACAAGGAGUACUUUAUAGAGCGCGAUCAGACCUCCCUAAUUAACAACUAUGUAGAGUGCGAGGGUAUCACUAUCCAUCAGGCUCUCGGCAAACUCUGCAAAGAUACAAUCCGCAGUUCUGAAGAGAUAAUCCAGGUUUUCCAUGACAAAGACCCUAAGAUGUACGAAUUUCUCAAUCGCUUUAUGCAAGGGUACAUUACUUGGCAUUUAUCUGAUGAUCGGUACCGCCUCGUUGAGUUGUACGAAUCUGCAGGAGACGACGUUAUGGCUCAAAGAUUCAAAAAAAUAUAUCCUGCCGCAUAUUGCGUGCCGUCAGUUACCGAGCUGUGCGACCGUGAGAUGGCCAUCAAUCUUUGA